AUCCCCUCGCACCCUUCCUCCCUGCUCUCCCUUCCCUUUCUCUAUUUCUUCUCUUUUCCCCGCUCAUCUCUCUGUUGCCUCCACAGGACGCCACAGCCGGCCUCUUCUUCCGACCCAUCGCCGCGCCUUUGACUCAUUCAAGCAGCAGCAGCGCCCUCAUGCCGAUUGCGGCCUCAUCGGCUCCGCAGGCGGCGACCAGAACUAGCAGGACCGCCACGUCCCUCCUCUGUUCCUUCUCGUCCUUCCGCUUUCCUUGUUCCCGAUCUGAAUCUCUCUCUCCCUCUUUUCUUCAGGUAACAGUAGUUGCUACUGCCCUCAUGGAGCUCCCACGCAGGUCCUCGACGUCGUUCCGCGCCAGAUCCGGCCGGGGACCGUUGGAUCUCGCCGCCUCCGCCAUGAACCGUCCAUCCCUGGCCUCCUGUGCGUGUCGCCGCUUCCCUGCAUCGCCUGGAGCCGCCUGCGUCUCGCCUCCUCUGUGUGUUUCCUCUGCAUCGAGCGGCAGCUCGGGAACGAGCACCCCGCCCCGCGUUGACCGUGCAUUCGUCAGCGGCAGGCCCAGCUGCACCAUGCCCCUGCGAGGCCGCUUCCUCAUCGGCCCACCUCUCCACCCAGUGGGUUUGGCCCAUGGUGGGCAGCCCAGCUCCUCCAGUUCUUGCCCGAUGUUAGUUCCGAUAACGUCACGUUUGUGAGGAUCCGUUCGACUACAUCUGUUUGUCUUCUUCAUGGACUCGUUCUUCUUUCUUGCGGGAUCUCAGGCAAGAUGA